AUGGUGGAACUGAAACAACAUCUUCAAUUAAAACAUGGAAUUUUAUCACCAGAAGAUCUUCAAUCAAAUCCUGGUGAAAAAUAUCAAGCACAUAUUGAUAAAAUGAUUAGAAAAGUAGCUUUACAUCGUGCACCUAAACAAGCAGAGCUAAAACGAGUUACAGCUGAAUGGUUAGUAACUGAUUCUUUGCCAUUCAAUGUUGUACAUAGAAAAGGAUAUAGAAAAAUGAUACAAAAAUUUGAUCCUGCAUUCACAUUGCCAAAUAAUAAAAGCAUUAAAAAAGAUCUUGCAAUUGCUUAUCAAAAAGGUGUUUUAGCACUUAAGGAGUUAAUUUUUAUUACUUGUGAAACUGCGUCUAUAACUACAGAUUUAUGGACAGCACGCAGUAAUGAUGGAUAUAUUAGUGUAACUCUUCAUUGGUUAUCUUCUAAUUUUGAAAUAUAUGAUGUAAUAUUAGCUGUUGAAAGAAUAGAAUAUCCACAUACAGGUGAACGAAUCAAAGAAUACUUAAAUGAAAAAAUUGAAGAAUUUGGAUUAGCUGGAAAAAUAGUUUGCGCAAUAACUGAUAAUGGAGCAAAUAUGAAAAAGGCUAUUAGAAUCUGGGAUGGUGUAGAACGUCUUUCUUGCUCUGCACAUAUACUUCAACUUACAGUUAUUCAAGCUUUGAAGGCAAUUAAACCAUAUACCAAACGUCAACGUUUUGAUCAAGCACAAAUUGAUUUAGCUCAACGUAAUAAGAUUAAUGAUUUAGCUGAAAUAGAUGAAAUAGAAGUAAAUGAUGAUGAUUUAGAAAUAGUUAAAAAAACAGAAUUUAAGAUUUUACAUAAUGUUAAUAAUGUAAAAACUCGAUGGAACUCCACUUACCAAUCUUGGAAAAGACUUUUAAUUUUACGUCUGGCAAUUGAAUGGCUUGUUGCAACCCUACAUUUACAAAAUAAAGAUGAUGCUAAAGAAGAUUCUUAUAAACUAAAAAGUCUCAUGCUCGAAGAUCAUGAAUGGUUGCUAUUAAAUGAAUUAGUAAAUAUACUUAAACCAUUUGAUGAAUUGACAUCUUAUUUUAGUGGAAUUCAGCAUACUACUCUUUUAGUUAUUAAUCUAAGUAUUGAGGCAUUAAAAUUUGAAUUUGCUGAUGGUGAUAUUUUAAUAUCAGAAGAAUUAGACAAAAUUAUCAAUAAUGAAAUUUCAUCAGAUGAUGAAAAUAUUGAUGAUAAAAGUUCUGAAAAUGAUAUGAAUAUUCAAUAA